UGAGUUCUGCAGAAAGUUGUAAAGAUAUUUGAACUUAAACUAUAAACAGAAAGCUUAUUUGCAUGAAGAUAAAAAUGUGUUCAACACGUCAAAAGAUUUUACCAACAAAGACACCCCCCAAAAGUUGUGGUCCAAACAAUAAUCAGUCUUAGCUGAGUAAAUCAAGAAAGUUUCUUCACGAGAGAACUAAUAUUUAUUAAACUUCCUUCUACUAGUUUUCAGUAAGUUUUUCCUCUUUAUAGUUUCUGCAGCUCUAGUUAAAGAAAAUGGCUACAAAUUGUGAGAGGUGCAAAGUGGUUGAGAAACAAAAGUAUUGGGAAGAUUUGGACAAACAUCAGUUCUUCAAAGUGAUGAUGCAUGAUUUCGGGCGUAGGUUGCGCAUUCCAUUCAGGUUUGUGACUAAUUUAAAGGACAGUCACAAACUGUUGGGCCAUAAGAUUCUAACAGGUCCAAGUGGAAAUUCAUGGGUAGUUGAGGUUAAGAGGACAGAGGAUGAUGAGUAUGUUUUUUGCAAUGAUGGCUGGGAGACAUUUGUUAAAGACCAUUGCUUGGAAGAUACAGAUCUGUUGGUGUUCAAGAUGAAUGAUUUUACAUCUUUUGAUGUAAUGAUCUUUGACUCAACUGCGUGUGAGAAAGAGGACACUUUCUUUGUUAAAAAACAUAGGAACCCCUGCAAACAUCCGGACGAAGUAACGGAUGAACAUUCCAAUGAGGAAUAUGGUUAUGGAGAUGAUGAUACAGAUGAGGAGGAUAACAUACGAGAGCCGAUAAGGCGCAAAGGAAGCGAAUCUUCAUGUGGUAAACAGAAUCAGUUCCAUUUACCUCAGCCUAGCAAAGGGAAGAAGAUGAAGCAAAUCCCAGUAGCCAAGCAGGACAAUAGGACAAGGAAGUGUACACCUUCGUCAUCGCGCAAGAUGAAAGUUGAACCUGAGGAAAAAGUGCCUGUUUUAUCAAACAGAUACCAGGUUCCAGAGAAAGAAAAGAUUAGAGUUCAUCAACUGGCGUCAAGGCACACAUAUUCUGUUCCUUCUGUUCUGAUGACAAUGCAGCCUACCCAUGUCAACAUGGGUCAACUGCUCCCCAAAGCAUGGCAACAGAAGUAUAUGAGGCAGAAAUCUGAGGCAAUCACUCUGAGAAUCCCUUCGAGUGGAAGAAGGUGGACGGCCACAAUCAGUUGCAGAAAGGAAGGACUGGUGAUUCAGUCAGGCUGGGAAGAUUUUGUGAGGGAUAAUGGACUGGAGGAGAUUGAUAUUUGCGUGUUUGAGCUUGCUCAAGGAGGAAAACACAACUUACUGCCAGUUGUUUUAGAUGUUUACAUAUAUCGUGUUGAGAAUGAGAUCAUGCUACCAUACUCCAACAGCACAUCUUGAAAUCUGGAUUUGCUAAUUUGCUUACUUUCAAGUCCUUAGUACUUCAGCAGUUUUGAAAACUAUCUUAAUUAAAUAAAUUUGGUAAAACUAAGUUGUCAAGUUAACAUUUGGCCAUAAAUAGUAAGAGUAGUUGUAAAUAUUUAACUUCAACUGAAAUAGUUAGUAGUUGUUUGAAAGUGUAUUUCUAGUGGAAUACUAUAUAUUCUCACAAGUUAUUAUUAUUGUCAAACUUUUUUUUUCCAAGAUUGCAAGUGGAUUGGGAUGUUUGAAGACGUUCGAGUGGUUAUUUUCUGUGUUGCCUUAAGUGAUUAUGAUGAAUAUGUUGUUGAUGAAACUGCGGAGAAAGUGAACAAGAUGUUAUUAACCAAGAAACUUUUUGAGAGCCUCGUGACUCAUCCAACCUUUGAUCAUAUGGACUUUCUCGUCUUAUUAAACAAGUUUGAUUCGUUUGAGGAGAAGUUAGAACGUGUUCCUUUGACGAAAUGUGAAUGGUUUGAUGAUUUUCAUCCGAUCGUAAGUCGUCAUCGGUCCAACAUCAACUCCAGCAGCAUCAACCAUAGCCCCUCCGUGGGCCAGUUGGCGUUUCAUCAUGUUGCAGUAAAAUUCAAGAGGCUAUUUUCUACUCUCACUAACAGGAAGCUGUAUGUUUCACUAGUAAAAGGUUUAGAGCCAAAAACGGUGGAUGAAUUGCUCAAGUAUGGAAGGGAGAUAAUCAAGUGGGAUGAAGAGCGGUUAGACUUCAGCUUGAGUGAGUACUCAUUUUAUAGCAUUGAUGCAAGUUCUUUCUCACCUUGAACCCAUGAGAGCUUCAAAGAAUUCUUUUUGAAAGAAAAGUUUUGUCCAUAAGAGGUGUUACUGUAGAUAUUGAGAUGGUAAAUGAAGAAAACAAUGCAGAGUCAAUGGCCGGAUGAUUGGUAUAUAUACUAGACUUCAGUUGGUUCAAAUCCCACGCAAGUGAACUGAAAAGUGGAUCCUUAAGGACUGAAAGAUGUUUGCCAAUGAAUUAGCAAAAUCACUUCUUUUUACAGAAUAGGCUUGUAAAUGGCUAACUUUGGUGGGGAUCUUUUGUAUAAUCAGAGAACAAGAAAGAUAUAGCUUUUGCUAUGACAAUUUUUGUAUAUUGUAUGUAUCCCUCGGUGAUGUAAUCAAAUUGUAGAAUAUAGUAUUUUAG